AUGUUUUUCCCCGUCUACGCAUUGGCGAUAACGGCGUAUGAGUUCCCGUGUCGUUAUGCCAGUAUUUUCCUUGUCCUAACGAUGGUGCUUAUGUGGUGCGUCCAUGAAACAGUGCGUUCACUGAGUGCAUUGCCAUUGGAAUUUGGGCAAAACGUCAUGGUGUAUUACGCCAUGGUUAUUGUCAUUGAGGCCUACUGCCAGGAGGCACUCUACCGCGGGCAGUACAAGGCUUCGUCGAGGGUGGAGUUCACGCUCGAUCGCAUCCAUGGGACCCUCACGGCGCUGAUGCCCCCAGAGGUCGUCAGCGAGCUGCGCGUCGCCACGGGGGCAGUGACCCACUCCUACACCGCCGUCACCCUUGUGCAGUCUGACCUUGCCGGCUUCACGCGGUUCGCGAGCACCCUCGAGCCGGCGAAGGUGGUUGAAUUCGUGAGCGAGCUGUUCGGUCGGUUCGACAAGCUGACUGACACAUUCGAGUUGUACAAGGUCGAGACUGUCGGGGACGCAUACAUCGCUGGCCAGGGAGGCCCUCCGCUCACGAGAAAGAACUCUCCGGUGGCGGUCGUACUCUUCGCCAUGCAGAUGGUUCAGGAGACAGCGAAGUGGUCCAGGAAGUUUGGCGAGAACAUCGGAUGCCGCGUGGGUAUCCACACGUCCUCUUGCGUCGGGGGCAUUGUGGGCACCGAUAUGCAGCGGUACCACCUGUUCGGUGAACUCAUGACGUGCCUGGAGAUCCUCGAGUCGACUUCGCACGUGGGGAAGGUCCACGCGAGCAAGGCUUGCAAGGACGCCGUGGACGAAGAGGUGCGCAAGAACCGGACGACUGAAGAGCGCUUCAAGUUCGAGACCCGUACAGAGCCAUGGUUGACGACAUCGAAAGGUGAGGCCCACCAGUAUGCGGACAUAUCCAGCAGCGGAGCCCACACUUGCUUCGUCGUGACCUGA